AUGUCCAACGACAUCGACCACAAGACGGCAUCCCAGCCACAGGACCCUAUCCACGUCGAGAAGGGUCCAUCUCACAUUGCUCACCUCAACGAUGUCAGCCUCGAUGACAAGGGACUCAAUGUUGAGGCUCACGAAGGAACCAACAUUGAGCACAGCUUCGGUGUCUGGCAGGGUUUGAAGACCUACAAGCGCGCCGCGUUUUGGUCUAUUCUCAUCUCAACCACCGUCAUCAUGGAGGGCUACGACGUUACCUUGAUCAGCUCCUUUUAUGGGUAUCCUGCCUUCCGCGAGAAGUAUGGCGAAUGGCUCGACGACAAAAACGGCUAUCAGAUCUCUUCUUCCUGGCAACAAAAGUUCAACGCCAUCGGCGCUGUCGCCAACAUUGUCGGCGCCAUCAUGAACGGAUACUUCACCCCAAUUUACGGCCACCGCAAGGUCCUCAUCUUCUCUCUAGUCUGGCUCGCCGCCUUCGUCUUCGUCGUCUUCUUCGCCCACAACAUUGAGAUGCAACUGGCUGGUCAAGUUCUUUGCAACGUUCCUUGGGGAGUCUUUGCCACUACAGGUCCUUCCUACGCCGCUGAAGUUACGCCUCUGGCCAUCCGUGGAUACUUGACUUCCUAUGUCAACUUGUGCUGGUGUAUCGGCCAAUUCAUCUCUGCCGGCAUCCUCAAGGGUCUCGUCGACGUCGAGGGCCAGUGGAGUUACAAGGUCCCCUUUGCCGUGCAAUGGGUGUGGCCCAUUCCUCUCAUCAUUGCUGCUUGGCUCGCCCCAGAGUCUCCCUGGCACCACGUUCGUCGCGGUAACCUCGACGAGGCCAAGAGGUCGCUGGCGCGGCUCUCGGAGCCUGAACACAAUGUUGACCUCGAUGCCACUGUCGCCAUGAUGGUCCACACGAACAAACUCGAGAUCGAGGAGCAAGCCGGCGCCUCUCUGUUUGACUGCUUCAAGGGCACCAACCUCCGACGUACCGAGAUCGCUUGCAUGGCGUUCAUGUCCCAAAUCACCAACGGUGGCGCCCUCUGCUACUCUGGCUCGUUCUUCUUCCAGCAGACCGGCAUUUCGCCUUCAACAUCGUACGCCAUCAGUCUAGGAGGAACUGGCAUCGCUUUCAUCGGCACGUGCAUCUCUUGGCUCUACAUUUACAAGUUUGGUCGCCGAACCAUCUGGAUAACCGGAUUCAGUCUUCUCGUCGCCUGCUUGUGGAUCAUCGGUUUCCUUUCUGUUGCCCCGAAUCAAACAACUGGCAUCAUUUGGGGACAGUCAAUCCUUUGCGUCGUAUGGCUCGGCUUCUACUCCAUGUCCGUCGGACCUAUCGUAUACACACUCGUUGCCGAAAUUGGCUCUACUCGUCUUCGCACCCAGACUGUCGUCUUGGCCCGCAGUAUAUACUACGUCGGUAACAUCAUCUGUGGUGGUCUCAUCCAGCCCAAAAUGUUGGCACCUGGUGACUGGAACCUGAAGGGAAAGACUGCAUUCUUCUGGGCCGUUCUUGCUACCCUGACCUUAUUGUGGGGUUACUUCCGCAUGUUUGAGACCAAAGGCCGCACCUUUGGUGAGAUGGAUGUCAUGUUCCAGAAGGGCGUCUCGGCUCGCAAGUCUGCCAACUACCAGCUAACUUCGGAGGAGGUGUUCCUUGCCGAGCAGCACCAGACUCUGAGCAGGAACCAGACGGAGAAAUUGUGA